CCAGUACCUACAACGCACUUUUUCUCUUUUUUUUUUUUUGCCUCUUUGCAUCCUUUCAUAAAGUCAUCAGGAACAGGUCAUCUUGCCCUCACUACAUCAAACACUUGCUCAUUCGAUUCCUUUGAACCCGAUUUUGUUCGAGCACAAUAUAUGUCGGCCUUCCGUGGGAUCCGGGGCAUGGCUGGCCCUGGGCACGACCAUCUCACACCAGAUGAGCACGGACAGGGACAAGCACAGGCUCAGGGACACAGACAUGCAGCCAACCGAUUCAGUCAGGAUAUGGACCCAGCCUUGACACCGUGCGCCGAGCGAGUUAAGCGAAAGAUCUCGAGCAAAGGGAUCAAUACCCCGGCUCCUCCUACCCCUUCUAUUACUUCUUCGUCUACUUCUGCUGUAGCAAGAGAAGGAGGUGGUAGUGGGGUAGUAGGCUCGCGUGACAAAGGCCUGCGCGGAUCUUCUCGACUCAGGAAUCUGUUGUACACGCAGGACCUGGACGACGACCGUCAGAAUCAGGGGAGUUAUGGACUGAACUCGGUAUUGGACACGUUCAGUUUCGGGCACUCGACUCCACAAGAUCAGCGGCGACUUGAUCAAGGGACACAGCUUAAUGAAUUCGGGAAGGAGAGGAAGCAGGAUACCAUGGAUGCUCGUUGGUAUAGUCAGCAGGGCGCAGUAUCCAGGGAUGCGUAUCGGGCCAAGGACCGGCUGACGCCUCUGGAGAGUAACCUGGACGGAUACAGCGACCAGCAGCAAGGGGAUAAUUUGAAUCGGGCUGAAAGCGCGUUUUCGGCGAGGUGGGCCGCAAAGGAUGAUGGCGGUACGCAAGAACGAGAACUUGAUCACGAGCGGGAGCGUAACCGAGAGCAGCAGCAGUAUCAGGACCAGCAUCAGGACCAGCGAUCACACACCAGUGGGAGUGGCAAGGAGGGCGGGGGAUUUUUGACCAUCCGCGAUAUCCUCGACAGUCAGGAGCUUCGGAAUCAGAUAUCGGAAUUGCGGCGGUCACAGAACAGCAACCCCGAUCGUCACCAGCAGCAUCAGUACCAGCAGGAAGAAGACAGUGGCGAGCGUGGGGUUUCAACGGGUGGUCAAUAUAGGAGGCCUCAAGGGUAUCGCAGAUCUUCGUCUUCGGCCUUGAGUCAGUUCAGCGACAAGUUGUACAGAACACGGAAGGAGAAGCCCAUGACCGACGGGGCCAGAGCGAAUGCGACGCGGAGGGCUAGUGCGGGAAUGGAUUCCUCGGCGAACAGUCAUCAUAACAGGCCUACCCACGAAAGAGAGUCUCGAGCGGAUUUGAAUGCGGAUAUCCAAGCAUCGGAUUACCAGCGCACAGAUCCUUCGCAACGGACACUAUUCUCGGGCCCGUCAAGAUUCGCAGGCAAGACAACGACUGCGGACACGAAGGAAAGCCCAGAUGCUUACAGAACUAUGCAGCAGUCAGAGCGCCGGCGACCUGACCUGUAUCACUCCUCGUAUUCGCCUUCGGAUUUCACGCAGAGCGGCGAGCAGGACGAUGAGGAUGAGGAAGAGGGGGAGCAGGAUCAAGAUACAGUCGAGUGGACGCAGAGUAUAGUACCCCCUAGCAAUUCAAAUGCGCCAAGGACGCCACCAUUGCCGGCUCAACAACAGCAGCAAGAUCCUCAUGGGCAGUCUCCCAUGCAAGCGAAUCCUACAGGGACAAGGAAUGUAGCUCUGCAGCCUCAGCCCAGUUCUCAACCUCAUUCCCAGCCAAAGUCUGGCAAGGUCCGAGAUGACGUGUUGGAUGAUCCUGGAUACGACAGUGGCGAAAUUUCAUUUGAACGCGAAGUGGCGAUCGCCCGCGCCAAACGUGAACUCGGGGCUUCAGCAGAUAGGCGGUCUGCUGCAGGUACAGAGCCAGGUGUCUCAUCAGCGGUCCUGGGGGCUAAUGGAUCAUCGAUGCCCCCUGUCGCGAUGGCGAGUAAACUGGAUCAUGGAAGAGAUCUCGUCCUUGAAGACCUUGUCUCGCCCACGAGAUUCAAUUUCGGAGGAGGACAGGCAUCGCAGCAGUCUCAGCAGCGACAACCAGGGCAACAGCUGCGACAAGUGCAGCGCCAGCAGCAUCCUUCAGCAAUAGGACAGAAUGAGCAGAACUGGCGAUCGGCACCGACUUUUCCAUUGCUCUCUACAGCCGAGGACCUGGCGCAGCUCGAUAUUGUUACGAGAGCUGAGGAUCGGUUCAUGGAACUCGCUGGAUCUUUAGGCGAGGGACAAGCUGUGGCAUCUGUUCUUGGCACUCUUAAAGCUAUGAUCCGUCAGCUCAAGACAGAAAAGAAGACAUUUAUGCGGGCGAAUAAGAAGUUGCAAAAGGAUCUUGAGAAGAAGCACAAGGAGCUGGAGCGGACGCGGAAGACGAAUGAGAAGUUGUCGCGGCCCAAGGAUACCCCUUCUUCUCGCCACCAACAUCAUCAUAUAGAGUCGAAAGCUGGCAAAGAGCACCUUACAGGGUCCCCUAAUAUACCUUUGGAUGAGCGGGAGCGGGAGCAAGAAUCUAAAAAGGCUGGAAUCCAGCGGGAGAAGGAUCAAGUUGAAAAAAACCUGGAGACUCUGCAGAAACGGAUUGAUGCGUUGGAGGUUCAGAGAGCAGAGAUGCAGAAGCGCGAGAGGAAGCGGGUGGAGGAGGAGGCGGAUCUGUUGUUUUUGUUGGAUUCUGGCGAUGAUGAGGAGGAUGAGGAUGAAGAGGAUACGGAGAGCGAGACCGAGAGUGAAAGCGCGAGCGAGAGUGAAGAGGAUGGCCAGGUUGAUGUGGCAGAGCAAUAUGCAACCGCAGCAUACCGGACACACACCAAACCAGCUCGGGCACAAAGGAGCUCGUCAGCCAGGAGACGUCCUUCAGCAAAUGCCGCUUCCAGUUCUCCAUCUAGAGCGAGAAGUGGACGAAAACACUGGGCCGCCCAUGACGAGGCCAAUGGGCUACACUCUUCUGGAGGCGGCCCCUCCAAAUCAAGCCUGCGAAAGGGUUCCCGUUCAAAGUCGGCCACUUCCGAGACACGUCGUCUUGUGGAGAAGCUCGAGGAGGUUCACAUUCAUCAUCACCAUCAUUACGGACCCGAGGGCAGGGGCUUGCCACCGUUGUCUGAACAAUCCAAACCGACCCCUGGCGGACGGAGGCUACCUUUGAGUGUGGAUGAAGAAUAUGGUAUUCCGAGCGAUGUGCAUCGCCUUAACAUUGGAACUGCAUUCAGGUCACAGCGGCGUGGAUCUUAUGGACAGGAACAGCUCGUUUUCCCUGCUUCGGCUUCCAGGGGUGCGCUUAGUCGGUCGUUGCCUGGGCAGGGGCUUGUUAACAGGCAUUCGAGCAGUGCGGUGGUUGGGGUACAAAGUUCAAAGAAACCGCAGCCACAUCGACAACAUAUUGAGCCUCGUACGCGCAUGGUCGGCGGAUUCGACGGUGACCAGGCUCCUCGAAGCGAACGGGCCGAUGAAUUAGCGCAGUUGAGCGACGAUGGAGGAAGCUAUCAACCGUUCCGGAUACGUGCGCAUGGAUCAACCAGCGUACGAGCAAGAGGUGACAUCAAGUCUGGCGGAAACCGUGCUCGAGAACUGGCUGCAGCUCUUACUAAUCCCGCGCUGCGACAAAAGAAAAUUUCGAUUGAUCUUCAGCGUAUCAUGUCCCUGCUCAAGGCGCACGAUCCUAAGCGGUGUACUGUAUGUUGUAAUGGCGGCGAUGCUCGGGACCACGAAGGACACUAUCACCAACAGGACCUUUUCCGGAAACCUCGUCAUCAGCAGACACGGCACCAGGACUCUUCGCCCAAUAUCGAUAGUAUGCCUGUUAAAGGUCGGCAAAAGGACUUAAAACCUAUAGCAGCACUGGUGUCGACAGGCUCACGACGUGCAGCUGCAUCGCAGGAGAAUAUAGAUUCCGGGUCGUCUUUGUCAUCCUUUCCAGACGAUGAGGAUCCCAGAAACUCAGCACGCAUCUCCCCAGAAGCUCGCAAAGAUCAGCCCUUGAGUCACAGAAAAGAGCGGGAGCGGGAGCAGGAGAAGUCUUCCCUUGUUCGGAAGAAUUUAUCGCUUCUAGGACGCUCCAAGAAUGAGGAUCGAUCGCCCGAGCAGAAACUGCAUAUUGUUCUGGGUCAAUUGGACGAAGAGGUUCAGCACCUGCGGCGGUCGUAUUUCGAACUAUCCAAGGAUCUAGAAACGCUUGGACACUCGUCUGGUGCGGCAGAUACAGAUGGCGGAAGCGCCGGUGGCGGAGGCGACGGUAGCAAGAAACCCAGGACCGGAAAGAGAUCUGCAACGGAAGGGGUUCUAAAGGAGCAGUUGCGGCAGAAGAAGUUGAUUCGACAGCAGCUGCAAGAGGUUGUGGAUAGUUUGGCGGAGAAGGCGGAUAUGAUUAUGACGAUUCAGGAGCGACAUUUGCAUCAGCGGCAGAUGGACGAGCGUGAGCAGAGACGGAAGAGGCGUGGAAGAGAUGCGGCAGAGUCCAAGGAUGCAUGGCGGAGGUAUGAGAGCAGUGACCGUGGCGAUAGCAAGCGCGAUGGAUUGCGGGUCAGUCGUGGAAAGACCUUGCGGGCAUCGUUUUCUGAUGCGGAUCAAAAUCGCGGCCGUGAUAACGAUAUGAGAGAAGACGUCAAUGGGGAAGAAGAGAGACAGAGGGAGGGCAAGGACAGGCAGGAUGCCUCUGAGCGGACGGAUGAGCAAGACUCUGGUGCUGUGGAUAGUAAGGAUAAUACCCAGGACACUGCUCGACCGCUGCGCCGUACCACGGAGCAACGAACGUCUAAAAAACUUCGAGACAAUGGCAGUCGCAGUUAUGACCAUGAUGACUAUGAGCAUGAGGAGAACGAGCAAUAUGAGCAGGAGCAGGACCGGGAAGAGGUCUCAGGCAGUCCAAAAGGCGACCGGGACCAGCAUGAACGCAGGUUGAAGGAGCCAGAAGGAUACCGACAUCGACACGCCAACGGCUUCCGAGUUCCUAAACUGCAUUGAAUCCUCCGACACGAACACUAAUAUAGCUUCACGGUUUCACGACACUUUUUUUUUUUUUCUUAGUAUACCACUACAUAUGUAAAUUGCAUCCCAUCAUGGCCGAAAUAAAAAAAAAAAGUGCCC